AUGGUAUUUACUACAAACUUCUCUGCUCUGGUUAUUCCAAGAUAUGCCGUUGCCUUAGCACUUACCUUAGCUUAUAUAGCAAAUAUAACGCAAUGGCUUUUGUCUUGCCUGGGACUUGCUGAGCAGCAAAGCAUUUCAGGGAGAAAUUCUGCAGAAACACCCUCUGCCAUUUCUAUUUCCUCUAUUCCUGCUUGCAAGAUCAGGGACAGUUUGCCAUUGUCUACAAUGGCUUCUCUAGCAGAUGGGUUUUGUGAGGAUGUUAUGUGUGCCGUUUGCUUGAGCUCUAUCCACAAAGAUGAGAAAAUUUGGCGGCUGAUUAAUUGCCGCCAUAUUUUUCAUAGGGAGUGUUUGGAUAAGUGGAUUGAAAACUAUCAGAAUACGUGCCCUCUCUGCAGAUCUUCUCUGCUGCCAAAACAGAGAGAUUUUUGA